AUGGCAGAGCCACGUUCCGCAAGCAGUAAAGCCCUUAGUGGGGCAAAGGGGAGUCGUACUAGCGUUGAAUUUGACGUUGCCGAAUUUAUGCGGGCCAUGGAUUGCACAGAGAACCACAUGGUGUUGGGCAUCGAUGAAGCGGGGAGAGGUCCUGUGAUUGGUCCAAUGGUGUACACGGGAGCCAUGAUUGCCCUUCAUGAGCAUGAUCGUCUUCUGGAGUACUGCGGUGUCAAUGACAGUAAAUUGCUUGGUGAAAACCAACGGAAGGAUGUGCUUUGUAAGCUACAGGAGCUAAAGACCUUCAGCACCUUCACUGUUGUUGUCACACCCGCUGAAAUUGCUGCCGCCAUGACAGGUAUCCAUGGCAAGAAUCUGAACACCCUCAGUCAUGAUACAGCCAUCGCUAUCAUUUCCAAGGCAACACUAGAGGCCACUGGAAUGUUGUGUGGUGCCUACAUCGACACUGUGGGCCCACCAGAAUCUUACCAGCAGCGUCUUUCUGGUCGUUUUCCGCAUUUGCGCAUAACGGUUGCCAAGAAAGCAGAAACGAAGUUCCCCAUCGUAGCAGCCGCCUCUGUUGUGGCGAAGGUGGAACGCGACAGGCACAUUGAGCGGCUGGGCAUUGACGUUGGCAGCGGGUACCCAAGCGACCCCAAAGUGAUGACUUGGGUGCGCUCCCACGUUCAUCGUUUUUUUGUAUUGCCCCGCGAAUUUGACUUUGUACGACUGAGUUGGGGUCCCGUUGUCGAGCUCGCCAAAAAUAAAGACGUCUGCGUCCCGAUUCUCUUCGAGGAGGAUGCCAAGACCAAGGCAGAAAAAAAGCGUGCUACCAGUGGUGGAAGUAGCGACGGCAAAAAGCAGCGUCUUCUGAGCUUUGUCAAGCCACCACCACGCCGACACACGGUGUACACCCACCUGCUCCGGCUGAAGACGGUGGCCACCAUUCAGGAUACUCAGCAUCCGUCUCUGGGGUAA